AAGAGCACCCGAACCGGAAGAACCAAGUCAAUCGGGUCUUCCUCUUUGCUCUCACCAGUUGUCUUCUUAACAAUGGCUGCAUCUUCACACUCCUUAGCUUCUUCUGCUUGCUUCUCCACAACUCCGGCACGGAAAUUUUCCGGCUCAGAUCGAUUUCAACUUGCUAAGUCUAUACUCUGCCGGAAAAUACCUGGUUUCUCCGGUAGUGUGGUCUGCGCUCGGCGUAUUUGCUCUAACUAUGCCUCUUCCGGUGACCAAUCCAACUACGGGAAGAAGCUUAUGGAUAGUAUUUUUGUGGCAUGCGCUUCCGUUGCCUUGUCUUUCUCUCUAUAUAUAGCAGACGUUGACCCUGCCUCGGCUUUUGUAGUCACUUCACCCAGGAAAUUGCAGACUGAUGAACUUGCUACUGUUCGUCUCUUCCAAGAGAAUACACCUUCCGUUGUGUAUAUUACUAAUCUUGCUUCCAGGCAGGAUAUGUUCACACUGGAUGUAUUUGAGGUGCCUCAAGGGUCUGGGUCAGGCUUCGUCUGGGAUAAAAAUGGAAAUAUUGUUACUAAUUAUCAUGUGAUUCGAGGUGCUUCUGAUCUCAGAGUGACUCUUGCUGAUCAAACUACUUAUGAUGCAAAAGUUGUUGGAUUUGACCAAGAUAAAGAUGUUGCUGUUUUGCAUAUUGAUGCACCAAAAGACAAGUUGCGACCUAUACCAAUUGGCGUAUCGGCAGACUUGCUCGUUGGUCAAAAAGUAUUUGCUAUUGGAAAUCCAUUUGGACUUGAUCAUACACUCACCACUGGUGUAAUCAGUGGGCUUAGGAGAGAAAUCAAUUCUGCAGCUACUGGCCGCCCAAUCCAAGAUGUUAUUCAGACAGAUGCAGCAAUCAAUCCUGGUAACAGUGGAGGGCCACUUCUAGAUAGUUCUGGAAACCUUAUUGGAAUAAAUACCGCUAUAUAUUCUCCUUCCGGUGCAUCAUCAGGUGUUGGAUUUUCAAUUCCAGUUGAUACUGUCAGUGGCAUUGUUGAUCAGUUGGUGCAGUUUGGGAAAGUCACAAGGCCAAUUUUGGGCAUAAAGUUUGCACCUGAUCAGUCCGUUGAGCAACUGGGAGUCACUGGAGUACUUGUCCUGGAUGCUCCUCCAAAUGGUCCUGCAGGCAAAGCAGGUCUUCUACCUACUAAACGUGAUUCCUACGGAAGACUUAUUUUAGGUGAUAUAAUCACAUCUAUAAAUGGAAAGAAGGUCUCUAAUGGCACCGACUUGUACAGAAUUCUUGACCAAUGCAAAGUUGGAGAAAAGGUAAUUGUGGAAGUGCUGCGUGGGGAUCAGAAAGAGAAGAUCCCUGUACUUCUGGAACCAAAGCCUGAAGAAUCGUAGUUCCUCAAGUGGAUAGUGUAUGUGUUGAUAUGCAUUUCUUGGCGAACAAGCCCAUAUUAUUAGUGCAUCAAUUGUUGAAUGGUUGUGUAUAUACAAAAACAACACUUAAACUAGGGUGCAAGCAAUAUAGUUGGGAGUCUUAACACUGCUGCCUAAAUAUUUCUACUA